AUGUCUAAUGUCAGCUUCUAUUUAGCUGCGGACAUGCCUACGGCAGGCCAUGUGGUAGUUCAAACACCCAAGAACACCACGCAAACGCCACUUAAUGGUUCCGCUGCUGAUCGCUGCUCGUCGGAACAGCAAAUGCAGCAUCCACGAGAUAAGCGUGAACAGAGCACGGCUUUCCAACGCCACAGUGUUGAACCACUCGGGUCCAGGCAGGUAUCCAACCUGCAGCCUAACUCUCAAGGGCUCCAGUUCCGUACGGAGUACUCCGUAUGGAAGCAGAAGAUUUUUGCCAGGGCCUGGUAG